CACCAAGUGCGCAUGUCUAUUGGCUCUGUCGUUCUCUUUCUGCCGUGGCAUCUGGAGGUGAGUAGGACUGUCUGCAGUGUUCUGCGUAUCGGGUGGAUAUCACAGUAAAGUUAUUUGACUGAAGAACUCCCUGUAAACUACCAAGAUGGGUAAGGAAAAGAUUCACAUUAACAUCGUCGUCAUUGGUCACGUAGAUUCCGGCAAAUCGACCACGACCGGACAUUUGAUCUACAAAUGUGGUGGAAUAGACAAGAGAACCAUCGAAAAAUUCGAAAAGGAAGCCCAGGAGAUGGGCAAGGGUUCGUUCAAGUAUGCCUGGGUGUUGGAUAAGCUGAAGGCAGAACGUGAACGUGGUAUCACGAUUGACAUUGCUUUAUGGAAGUUCGAAACUAGCAAGUACUACGUGACCAUCAUCGAUGCUCCAGGCCACAGAGAUUUCAUUAAGAACAUGAUUACAGGAACAUCACAGGCCGACUGUGCAGUGUUAAUUGUAGCAGCUGGUACAGGUGAAUUUGAAGCCGGUAUUUCGAAGAACGGUCAGACUCGUGAGCACGCGUUGUUGGCAUUCACUUUGGGUGUGAAACAACUGAUCGUGGGUGUGAACAAAAUGGACUCGACUGAGCCACCAUACAGUGAGGCUAGGUUUGAGGAAAUUAAGAAGGAAGUAAGCAAUUACAUUAAGAAGAUUGGUUACAAUCCUGCAGCUGUUGCCUUUGUCCCAAUUUCUGGAUGGCAUGGCGACAACAUGCUUGAGCAUUCUGACAAGAUGAGCUGGUUCAAGGGAUGGUCUAUUGAGCGUAAGGAAGGGAAGGCUGAGGGGAAGACCUUAAUUGAAGCUCUUGAUGCUAUCCUUCCUCCUAGCAGACCAACUGAGAAGCCUCUGAGACUUCCUCUUCAGGAUGUGUACAAAAUUGGUGGUAUUGGAACAGUACCUGUGGGUAGAGUAGAAACAGGUAUUCUGAAGCCUGGUAUGGUUGUGACAUUUGCUCCUGCUAAUUUGACGACUGAGGUGAAAUCUGUAGAGAUGCACCAUGAAGCUCUGCAGGAAGCUGUUCCGGGUGAUAAUGUUGGUUUCAAUGUUAAAAACGUUUCUGUUAAAGAACUUCGUCGUGGUUAUGUUGCUGGUGACUCAAAGAACAACCCACCCAAAGGUGCUGCUGACUUCACAGCACAGGUUAUUGUUCUGAAUCAUCCAGGACAAAUUGCAAAUGGUUAUACACCAGUGCUUGACUGUCACACAGCACAUAUUGCAUGCAAGUUUGCUGAAAUCAAAGAGAAGUGUGACCGUCGUACUGGCAAGACAACUGAGGAGAAUCCUAAAUCAAUCAAAUCUGGUGAUGCUGCUAUUGUAAACUUGGUACCUAGCAAGCCUAUGUGUGUGGAAUCAUUCCAAGAGUUCCCUCCAUUGGGUAGAUUUGCUGUGCGUGACAUGAGGCAGACGGUUGCUGUUGGUGUAAUUAAGAAUGUGACAUUCAAGGAUGUCACCAGUGGUAAGGUAACGAAGGCAGCUGAGAAGGCCCAGAAGAAGAAAUAACUAGAUGUGCUGAUUGGUCCAUCAGUGGCGGUUUCCUCGCAGCUCCCUGCACCGCCCAUUGUCCAUCUUCGCUUAUUCAACAUGAGCUGCCUUCUCUUUCUUUCCAAGUGGCUAUUAAAACAUUGUUUCCAUCGAAAAGAGUUCAGAAGGAAAGGCCGGUUAUCUCCUUUUAGCCCGGCUUUAUUAAUUUUGUAAUUUGUCGAUAUUACGAGGAGUGUAAAAGCGGAUACUUUUUGUUUUCAGUUACGGGAGAGAGAGACUUUCUUUUCCAUUCCUUUUUUGUUUUCACAUUUUGAAUAUGUUGUAUUACAGUGUAACAGCUUCUGUACAUAACUUAAUGGUUAAACACAAGGGCCAAUAAAGAAGCUUUGAACCAUGA